GAUAUAUCCAACGCACCCGUCCUCACGCUGGCGGUCUUGUUCAAACUGGCAUCCACUGUUGCUCUGCCAGUGUUAUUGCUGAAAUGUCACCAAAAAUGCCGCUACAACCUGUGCAGGCACGUUGGAUUUCAUAGGAAACCCCGGCAGCUCCACUCAUGGCGUCUCAGGACGGCUCCACGGAGCUGGCUGUCAACCCUGCGGGGCCUGAUCGUGUCAUGACAGUUUCUCCUCGGCUGUUGUUUGUGUCAGUGGUUGGCACCUGGAGCGCACUUAAGGCGGAGGUCUGCGUGUUUCUGUCCGUGCUGUCCUCGCUGGGAUCAUGGCGACUUUUCCAGUUCUUCUCCACUAAGGAGCAGGAGGUCUCUCCCUCAGAUCGACAACUUGUCGAGAGCCCGGGUCGUCAGACGAAGCCGUCGUUUCACUCCUGGUUCCGGUUCCUGCUUCUGCUCUGUCUUGUGGUCUUUGUCUUGUGUUACGCCCUGUCCAGCAGCUCUUCAUCAUGGCAGUCCAACUUUCAACUCCAUCAUCCUUACAAAUGGCUUUUCAACCACAGCAAAAAAGUUGAUAUGCCUCCUUAUCGGGUCCAUCCAAAACACAGACACAUACUCAAUGAAAUCCAGACAACCACAGAGCCUCCUACUGUACAGCCUGUAGGGGUUCGGUACCAUCAAGCCUAUCCAGGCAACUACCACUUCAUAAUGGAUAACACAGAGGUUUGCAGCCAGAACCCUUUCCUGGUCCUGAUGGUCCCAGUGGAACCAAGUAAUGUGGCAGCUCGGGAUGCAAUCCGGCAGACGUGGGGCAACGAGAGCUUGGUCCAGGGUCAGGUGGUAGUCACUCUGUUUAUGUUGGGUGUAUCUGGAGGAGCUGAUGUUGAGAAACUACAGCAAGAGAAUCUGCAGUACCACGACCUGAUCCAGAGUGAUUUCGUAGACAGUUACCUCAAUCUGACCAUUAAAACCAUGGUGAUCAUGGACUGGCUGGCCACACACUGCCGUACAGCAGCCUACGCCAUGAAAGUUGACUCCGACAUGUUCCUGAACAUUGACAAUCUGGUGAUCAUGCUACAGAAACCAGGCAUCCCCAAAAGGAACUACCUGACAGGCCUGUUGAUGGUGAACAGGCCAGUCAUCCGUACAAAGAGCUCCAAGUGGUACGUCCCUGAGGAGAUGUACCCAGAUCCUCAAUACCCAACCUACACCCUGGGCAUGGGAUAUGUAUUUUCCAAUGAUCUCCCAGAGAAAUAUGUAGAGGUCUCAAAAUCGAUCAAGCCCUUUAACAUCGAAGAUGCUUAUAUUGGAAUGUGCAUGAAAAAUCUGGGACUCACGCCUUCGUCACCACCAGAUCCUUCCCAGUUCCAGAGCUAUAACUCAAAAUAUAAUCGCUGCCAAUUCUCCAAAGUCAUCACCUACAUUCUUAGUUCUGCACCACAGUUGGUGAACUACUGGACAGACUUGAAGAAACCUGGACCUCCUUGUUAAGACAAUGAGAUGCACCAACACUCAAGUGGCAGGGGUUUAACUUAUUUAUAUAUUUCUACAGAACAUGUGCACUUUCUGACUUUUUGUAUUUAAAGCUCCGUAAAGUUGCUAAAAAAAAAAAAAAAAAAAAAAAAACUAUAUGAAGGGAAUGUUCACUCGUCUGGACAUGUGGGGAAAAGUGUAAAUGUAAAUAAGUGAAGUUAAAGGUACCAUUUUGAGCACUACUGGAUCUACAGAGCAGUGUUUUUAAAGAGCAUGUUGCUGCUUUGCUUGCAUCUUUGUACCUGCAUAUGCACAAGGGUGGACAUACAUGCCAAUAACACUGGGGUGCCACGAUACAUGUUUCUGCAAAGUGCAUUAAUGCGACUUAUAGGUCAGUUAUUAUUAUUAUUUUUUUAAAUGGAGAAAAAGCAAGAGGGAAAAAAUGACAUGAAGAUGAAGCAGCCAGUUAAAUAUAAAGACUUUUCAGCAACAUUUCAGCACGUCUGUCUUAAGGGCGAGGAUGAAUGUUGAAUUUACUCGACUGUGCUUACAAUGAAAAGUCCUGAUGUUACGCAACAAUGGAAGCAGGUCGUUAACUACUGGCAGAAAUGUCUAAAAGGGUAUUAGAUUUUUAUGUUUAAUUUGCAGAUGAAUGUAUUUUUGUAAUUAAAUCAAACAAGUAAAGCAGUCCAACUACUAGAAACACCUCUGAAAUGUAUUUGUGCAAAAUGUCAGACAAAGCUUGCCCUUAAAGAAUGUACUUUUUACUUCAUUGACUUUGAA